AUGGAUUUCUCCAAAGUUCUGAUUAGUCUUUUUGCUCUUCAAGUUACGAUCAAUUUGUUCUCAAUCCAAGCUGUUUCAGCAGCACGAUCAAAUCUUUUCCGAGAAUACAUUGGGGCAGAGUUCAAGAAUGUCAAAUUCUCAGACGUGCCAAUUCACUCCAAUGUCGAUUUCCACUUCAUCCUAUCAUUCGCUAUCGAUUAUGAUACCUCAUCUUCUCCCUCGCCAACAGAUGGAAACUUCAACGUGUUCUGGGACACGGAUAAUCUCAGCCCUGAUGCUGUCUCAGCGAUCAAAAGUCAGCAUCCAAACGUGAAAGUAGCUCUAAGCUUAGGAGGUGAUAGUAUAGGAGAUGGUCAGUCUGUUUAUUUCCAGCCUUCUUCAGUUGACUCAUGGGUUUCCAAUGCUGUCUCCUCUCUUACAAAAAUCAUCCAACAAUACAAUCUGGAUGGCAUCGACAUUGACUACGAGCAUUUCCAUGCAGAUCCUGACACUUUUUCUCAAUGCAUUGGUAAACUUAUAUCGACUCUCAAGAAAAAUGGGGUGAUCUCUUUCGCAUCAAUUGCCCCUUUUGAUGAAGAUGAUGUUCAAAGCCAUUAUCAAGCUCUCUGGAAUAGCCAUGGCCAACUUAUUGACUUAGUCAAUUUCCAGUUUUAUGCCUAUGAUCAGGGGACUACUGUUGAUCAGUUCGUGGACUAUUUUUCUCAGCAAAGAAGCAAUUAUGAUGGUGGGAAAAUCUUGGCCAGUUUCAUCAGUGAUGGAAGUGGUGGAUUAUCACCACAAGAUGGAUUUUUUACAGCUUGUACUAGGCUCAAGAGUCAGGGACAACUUGGUGGGAUCUUUGUUUGGUCUGCUGAUGAUUCUAAGGCAGAAGGUUUUCGGUACGAGAAGCAAUCACAAGCACUUCUAGCAAUCCCUCAUUAA